UCUCGGCAAGUUAAGAGCAGAGCAUCAGACGGGAGCAGCGUUUGGUGGGUGCUGGAGAAUUCCUGGCGCUCCUCUCUGCAUGGAGAACUCCCUCGUCUUGGCUGGCAGGAAGCUGGAACAAACACGUACAUGGUCUUCUGGAAUUCCUAACUGGUCACACCCCACAUUUUCAACCCAUAUGCUGAAACCUCUUCAGAAGAGCAAGAGGGACUUAGUCACUGGCAACAGACUACAGGAUGAAAAUAUAGAUCUGUGCUGAACCUGGACACCUUGCUUUGCCUUGGGUUAUCUGAGAGCAUGUGUCACGGAUUCAGUUGAACCUUCUGCUGUUAUUCAUACCAUGCUGCAGUCAUGCCAGCUUCAAAACCAAAGUGCUAACUGGAGCAAAGUAUUAUAUGCCUGAAGUUCACAUUGCAACGUGGGAGGAUUCUCGUUCUGGUUGCUGCUUCGUGGUUCUGGCUUCUUGAAUGUGAGCUCUUCUCUGCAGACAUGGUCAGGUUAGGCAAGAAGUCGUUCUUGUGAACCCACACAUCUACAAACUGUGAAAAAGCAGCAAGGUUUCUCUCCCACCUCCUGUGGUUUUGCCCACCAGAUGCAUGAGCCGUGUUAUUUUACUGCCUUUGGAAGAGGCUGGGUGGAGGUGGGGAGGGGAACCACCUCCCCCCUCAUUCCGCGCUGCCCUCAGGGACACAGUCAGUGCCAGUGAUUGGAUUUCCAGAGUCUCUGGACUCGGGGUGGUGGUUUCCCCGCGGCCGCGCCUGCCGCUCGCUGCGGACCGGAGGAGAGGGCGGUGCGAGUGGCUGCCGCUCGCAGCCCCAGCCCCGGCGCCGCGCUCGCACACGCACCCCCCGCGCACACCCACGGAGCCUCACCCGGGCUGCGCCUGCACGGCAGAGCGGGGAGCGAGCAUCCAGCUGCACAGAGCGCGACACCUCCACCUCUCGCCAGAAAACAACCUGCACAGCCGGGAAUAAAUCGCUUCACUGCCCGCAGCGGGAGGAACGGGCUCUUCACGUCGUGGCACUUUCCUCCACCUCACUUUCCUCCUUUUCUUAUUUUUUUCGCUUCCCCCCGGCGCUUUCCCUAAAAGAGGAAACCUCAUCUCUGAUUUUUAGCGCGGCCUCAUCUGCUCUUGCCGUCGCCGGCGGUUGCGUGCGACCGAAACAAACUUGGCUGGGGGGCUCGGUCUCGCCUGCCGGGGCAAGAAAGCGACAAGAAAGACUGCGGAGUUCGCCUGGCCGCGUCGGAGGGGCAGGAUGGCGGCGAACCGCUGGAUGCUGUGCCUGUGCCUGGGUUGGGGGUGCCUGUGCCUGGCUCUGGGCGAUGUGCUGAGGGCUCGCUGGGUCGGGCUGCGGCGGCGAAACACCCCGGCAGGAGUGCGCGGCGGACGGCCGAGAGCCGCGGCAGGUGACUACGGCCCGGGACAGCGGCCGCAGCCGGAGGAGCAGGGGCGGCCGGAGAGGUUGCAGCCGGAGGACAAGGUGUCGGAGCACAUGCUGAGGCUCUACGACCAGUACAGCGGCGGCCACGGGGGGCGGGCGGCGCAGCGACGAGACCUGCCGGGGCUGCCCGGGCUGCACCUCCGCCACGGCAACACGGUGCGCGGCUUCCGCCCGCGGGCUGCAGGUGGCCCUGAAAGCCAGGAGGUGUAUGUCUUUAACUUGACAUCACUCACGGACUCUGAAAACGUCUUGUCAGCUUCGGUGUAUUAUUACGUUGGGGACCUGCUGCAUGCUAUGCAGAACUGCUCCCAGCCCAGAGGCUGUUCUCGUCAUGGGCAUGAGAAACCAGGAAUUCAGAUGCAUCUUUCAGUUUGGACCUUUCCUUCUGUUGGGAACCAGACUCGGAGCCUGGGGCAUUUCCUAAUAAACGUCUCCGCUACUUACCAGGAUGUCCUUUCCUGGCAGUGGAAGGAUAUCACUCAGCUUCUGCACGAAGCCAAACGGAACAAUGAACUCCUCAUCAGUGUCAAAAUGGAUCUGACCAGCCAGCACCCCUGGAAAAGGGCACCUUCCCGCUAUGAACCCUACAUUCUGAUUUAUGCCAAUGACUCUGCUAUUUCAGAGCCAGAGAGUGUUGUCUCUAGUUUGCAAGGGCACCGCCAUCCCCUGGCAAGGGUCUUUCCCAGGCCAGAAAACCAUGUGAGGAGCAGCCUCGGGAAGUGGCGGCAAAAGCGCUCCACGAAUAUUCUGCUGCCAUUGCAGAAUAAUGAGCUGCCUGGAGCUGAGUACCAGUACAGCGAGGACGAGAGGUGGGAAGACAGAAAACCCUACAAACCCCUCCAGCCGCAGCUAGCCGAGAGGUCAAAGAGUAAGAAAAAGCAGAGGAAGAAUCCUCACCACAAGAGCCAGACUCUGCAGUUUGACGAGCAAACGCUGAAGAAGGCGAGGAGGAAGCAGUGGAAUGAACCCAGGUACUGCACCCGGCGCUAUCUCAAGGUGGAUUUUGCAGACAUUGGCUGGAGCGAGUGGAUUAUUUCCCCUAAAUCCUUUGAUGCCUAUUACUGCUCAGGGGAAUGCCAAUUCCCUAUUCCAAAGGCCUUGAAGCCAUCCAACCACGCCACCAUUCAGAGCAUCGUGAGAGCUGUUGGGGUUGUCCCAGGCAUUCCUGAGCCUUGCUGUGUUCCUGAGAAAAUGUCUUCUCUUAGCAUCUUAUUUUUUGAUGAAAAUAAAAACGUGGUUCUUAAGGUGUACCCCAACAUGACAGUGGAAUCCUGUGCAUGCAGAUAACCUCUCGAGGAGACCCUUUUGAAAUGCCGAGGAGAUUUGGGGGUGUUGUGUGUGCAUUUCAUGGUAUCUACUUCUUAUUUGCACUGUCAAUGCAUGUCCUUUGGACAAAAAAAAAAAAGAGAAAAAAAAAGUAAGCAAAUGCAAACAAAGAGGAUGGAAGUGGACUGGGUUCUGAACACUGAUUCCAAGAGAAGAGAAUGCAAACUUCAUUCAUCUCUAAAUCUGGAAAGGCAUGAGUCUUGGCAGUGGAGACUGACUGUUUCUGUCAGAGUCAAGAGAUGAAAGAGGAAUCUGCAGAAGACCUCAAGAUUUUUGAGACUGCUGGAAGGAUGUAGUGAUCUAUUUUUGUACAAGACUUUGGAAGCAGCAUUAGCUGUUAAUUUGUGUCUCUCUUCUUGUGACUGGUAAGAGGCAGAUUAGAAAGACACUAUUCUCCAUUUUAAAGCUCAGCUUUCUGCCUUAGGUCAUUGAGUAGUGCAGCAAGGAACUAAAAUCUGACAUUCUGAGAGCCUUAACUAAUCCAUCUUAGACAUAUAUCUGCUUGGUACGACACGUCACCAACCGCAUGUGUGUAUUCAUUUGCAUUGGCAUAGUCUUUGUAAUUCAGCUUGGUAGAUGCCUGUACCCCCUGCUGGAAGAACACAGAACACAUCACUGCUGCCUGUGGAAUUGUGGUACCCCAAAAGCCAAGACUUUUAUUUCAUGCCGCUGCGGAAACUCAGCAGGUCAAGGGUAUGAAAAUACCACAUUGGGCAAAGUGUCUGAGCAGCUUAUUCUCAGCACCUAUUGUAGAGCACAGUGGCAAACAGCCUGAGUAAAUCACAGUUAGUCGAUUCCUGACGUGAAGUUAUUUGGUGCACAGCUCUCUUCUGUAGGCCUUCACUAGAAUUGUUUGAUCGAAACUGCCUCUGGUUGGCAAGGUUUGAUUGCUACAUUAAUCAAAUAGUAGAUUCUUGUUUCUUUUCUUUUUUCCUUGGUUCACUUCUACUCUGAAAAUCAGAUUUGUUUCUAUGAUUUCUUUUAAACAGUCGUUGGGAAAAACGACAGGCAGGACAGAAAACAUAUCUGGAAUCUCAGGCACAGCUGUGAAUGUUGACACAACCCCAAUACCGUUUCCAGCAACACAAUCUAUAGAAGGAUGAUGCUUCAUAAAGUACUUGUGGCUGCUGCCCUAGGUUUUGAGCCAGGAGCUGCGCAGAGCAAAAGGACAGAAAAGGUAUUCUACCCCUUCCCAAGGAGCAAAGUAAAAAUGCUCCACUCUGGAUGGGAGGUUUAAAUGGAAAUUCUGUUCACAGGUGUAUAUGUAAAAAAGGAAUUCACGUAAAAGGCAUACAGGCACAAAUCAGGCCCAGCUCUCUACAUGGGCCUACAAGGUCAAGACCUUCCAGAGCCUUCCAUAAACCUUCCCUCCAUGCAGCCUCAGCAGGUCUAUGAGUAAGUCUGAACUGCCCACCCCCCCACUAGGCCUAGGCCUACUACAGGCAUCAACAGGCCCAGCUGGCAUAGCUUCCAGCCAAGGCCAGAAGGCCUCUCCCCUACAGAGCCAGAUAAUGGCACAUGGCCUGGGCAGAGAGAAGAGAGAAAGAGAGCCAGAAUUGGCUGUGCGCUCCCUGAAAUAGAGAGAUAGAGGAACACAGAAUAGAAUAACAGAUUACAAUGUCCUGGGACAAGCUGCCUGUCCUCCCUGGGGCUCUCUAGCCUCUGGAGGACUUUUCAUUAUGUUUAUACCAAUUAACUCUUCCUAUCCCUUAACCUUCAACAGCUGGUCAAGGCAACGCUUCGGUUUGCACUCAGAGUAAAGAUAAGUUGCCUGUGUAACUGCAUCUCUGAAAUGGUGUCUUUAAAGUAUUCAUAGGGAAUAAAUUCAUUCCCCAUUACCAUCAGAGUUAAAAUCUACUUUGGAGUCUAUUUUCCAUAGCAUAUUGAAGGUGACAAUGUUUUUUCCUAUGCAUGUGCCCUUUUGCAGCUUCCUAGUUGUUUAAUGCUAGUUUAAACUCAGUUGUUGAU